AGUUAGUUUGCCGCUGUGGUUUUCUUCAAGAUGGCGGGGCUGCAGUUGAAGCAGUAUGGCGGCGCAUGGAGAAUAAAAUAAUUUAGAAAGGUAGUCAUAUUCCCGAUAGUAGACAGCCGUUUCAUAUUUAUCGCUCCCAGAAGAAACCAGUGGAGGAUGAUCAGUGCCUAGAUCCCAUAUUAAGCUGAAUGCAUUGUGAUUUCCAAUAAUUGAGACAGUGAUUCUGAAAGCUGUCUACAUUAAUGAAAAGAACAAUGUAGUCAGCUUAGCAUUUUCACCUCUGGUACGCGGUCUAUACAGGGAUGUGCUUCUGCAUGCAUUCUGGGUUUAGAUAAGAAAGUCUCUCAACAGGUCAGAUUUUAGAAUAAACCUAUCUGUCUGUAUAAGUUGUAAUUCGUUAUACAGAGGAAAUGGAGAUAGAUGAUGUGCUACCCCCUCUCCCCUUGGAGCCACCUGAUGAUUUUGGCCAAGAUGAGGGCAGGGCACCUCCACCACCUCCCCUGCAAACGUCCAGUGACGCAGAGGUAAUGGACGUUAGCUCUGGUGGUGAUGGAUACACAUACACCCCAGGGGACGGGGAAGCCAGCCCACAGCAGGCCCUCAGCAAGGGCUCGAUAACUUUCUAUAGCCACCUCUCAGAUGAGGCCAGUGCCAUCCCACCAUGCCCUAGAACAGCCCGCCACGCGCCCCCAGUCACCGGGUUCCUACCAGACCUAAAGCUGCUUAGAGACGUUAAGAUCAGCGUAAGCUUCACUGAAAGCAGCAAUAGCAAAGACAGGAAGGUUUUGUACACAGGUGAAGGGCAGGAGGGAGGAAGUGAUGACGGCUUAGACAGCGUAAAUGGUGAGUUGCACGAGUCGACUAGUGAGCAAGAAGUAGCCGAGGGUAGCUCUGGAGCAGGAAACCUAGCAGGCCGAAGAUCAGAGGAGGCUGAGGUAGACUCGGAAAACAAGGUAGAGUUCGCUGUCCUGGAUGAGUUGGAUGACUUCUACGAGAACUUCCUGGAUGACGACGACGUGGAGCAUGGUGGCUUUAAGUCUGAUGUCAUAGUUCAGCAGGAGCAAGCGGAUGAGGAGGCCGUAGCUUUCUCCUAUGGGGAGGAGUUUGACAAUGACGUCGAUGCUCUGCUGGAGGAGGGCAUGCCAGUCCCAAAAAAGAUGCGUCCCGCAGAGGACAAAUUUGGCGGGGACAGUGAUCAUCAGUCAGAUGGUGAAGGAGGUGUUCAUCCCAUGAUGACCAAAAUUAAGACUGUCCUGAAGAGUCGUGGGCGUCCACCCACUGAGCCUCUACCUGAUGGAUGGAUCAUGACAUUCCAUAACUCGGGCAUUCCAGUCUACCUGCACAGAGAGACCAGGGUGGUUACCUGGUCCAGACCCUACUUCCUCGGGACUGGCAGUAUAAGGAAACAUGACCCUCCUACCAGCAGCAUUCCUUGCCUACACUACAAGAAAAUGAAGGAUCUUGAGGAGAAGGAGCUGAAUGGGGAGGCGACGCCUAAUGACGUGGAGUCUCCUGUUAAGCCUGCCGACGAGGUCAAUGGCGAACAGAGUGCAGGCAAGUCAGAUGCUACAGCUGAGGAGCAGGACGGUGUCCCUCCCUCCAGUAUGACUGAUGGCGACCCAGAUGUAGAGGCUACCACAAAUAACAGCCUGCAGCUUAAAGCUCUCUGUGACAUUGCCCACGGAGCCUUAGGACAAGUUAAGGCCAAAGUGGAGGUGUGCAAGGACGAGUCCAUAGAACUUGAAGAGUUCCGUCUGUACCUGGAAAAAUGCUUUGACUUUGAACAAGUCACAGUAAAAAAGUUUCGUACCUGGGCCGAGCGGAGGCAGUUCAACAGAGACAUGAAGAGGAAGCAGGCCGAGUCGGAGAGACCCAUCCUGCCUGCCAACCAAAAACUCAUCACACUGUCGGUCCAAGAUGCACCAACUAAGAAAGAAUUUGUCAUCAACCCUAAUGGGAAGUCUGAAGUUUGCAUCUUACAUGAAUAUAUGCAGCGUGUCCUAAAGGUUCGACCUGUUUACAACUUUUUUGAAUGUGAGAAUCCAAGUGAACCCUUUGGAGCGUCAGUCGUUAUAGAUGGAGUAACGUACGGCACAGGAACCGCAAGCAGUAAAAAACUUGCUAAGAAUAAAGCUGCUCGAGCCACACUGGAAAUCCUCAUCCCUGACUUUGUGAAGCAGACCUCGGAGGAGAAGCCCGUUGAGGGCGAUGAACUGGAGUAUUUUAAUCAUAUCAAUAUAGAAGACUCAAGGGUGUAUGAGCUGACCAACAAAGCAGGACUACUUUCGCCAUAUCAGAUUCUUCAUGAGUGCCUUAAAAGAAACCAUGGAAUGGGAGACACCAGCAUUAAAUUUGAGGUGAUCCCUGGGAAAAACCAGAAGAGUGAAUAUGUGAUGACGUGUGGGAAGCACACCGUGCGUGGCUGGUGUAAGAACAAGAGGGUUGGCAAACAACUAGCAUCUCAGAAGAUCUUGCAGAUGCUUCAUCCCCACGUCAAGAACUGGGGUUCACUGCUGCGCAUGUACGGCAGAGACAGCAAUAAGAUGGUCAAGAAGGAGAACUCUGACAAGAGUGUGAUUGAGCUCCAGCAGUAUGCCAAAAAGAACAAGCCAAACCUUCAUAUUUUGAACAAACUGCAAGAGGAAAUGAGGAAACUAGCCACGCAGAGGGAGGAAACUAGGAAGAAGCCCAAGAUGACCAUAAUGGAGUCAGCCCAGCCAGGGAGUGAACCCCUCUGCACUGUUGACGUUUAAGUCUCGAAAUCACUGAUUGAACCACAGCACUGAAACCCAGUCACUGUCAGACAUCUCACACACACACACACACACACACACACACACACACACACACACACACACACACACACAAAUUAUGCAUCACUGAGAUCUAAUGGCAAUAUAGUUCCACAUUGACCUGGCCAGGUAGCUUGCUGCUUUCUUCCUUCGCCCAUGUUGUGUUGGUUCAGCUGAUAGUUGUAAGGGUAGGUCUAAAUGCACUAACAGACAGUAGAGCAAAUAUCGUCUACCUCUCUAGAUGCAUCCUCGCUAUGCCACUAGAAAAAUAAUAAAAAAAAAUCGCCCAGGCUAUGGAGAAGUUAAUGUGACUUGAUAACACAUGAACCACAUCAAAAUAGAACUGCAUGCUUGUUUUGAUUGCGUGAUUGUCGUUUUUAACAGUCGCAAUAGUACCAGCACCUAUUAGUUUUGUUUGUGCUUACAGUAUUUGAAAGGGACUACUAAUACUUAUGUAUUUAUACCACUUGUUUAAUUAGGGAAACAAAGUUACUUGUGCUGGUUGGUGUUCCGGAUAUUUUGGCUGAUGGAUGUAAAACAUGCCGUUUUAAUUUUUUUCCUCAGAAUGGACAGUUGCUGUUAUGGUUUGCACGAUUGAAAACGUGUUGAUGAAGUGAUGACUAUUCAGAACUAUUGUUAUGCACUUGUGUCCAGUCAGAUAUUUUUGUUGUCUGAUCAUGUUGGUACAAGAUUUUCUGCUUUUAGGAUAUUUGGGGUAACUUGCAUUUGGAGGGAAUUGUUGCCUUUUUUUUCCCGGCUUUUGCUUUGGCAAUACAAGUCUCAUCCUGCUUCCCAUGCCCACACUGCAGUAAACCCAAGCACCGAGUACUGUAAUAUGUUUGGGGCAAAUUAUCAUUUCUUUUAUGCUCUAUGUUCUUGCUAGCUUUUUAUUAAAGUACUAAUGCCAUGCACACCAGCUAACCGUUUGGUACAUUUCCGUAGCUUUUCCGUUUUGGUGCCCUUAAGAAAUUACAUUGGCUACGUGUUGCCUUAGUUCAUCCAUUUCAUGAAGGGCUCAGAGUAUAAUAAAGUACAUUGGACCUAAAACACCCUUCAACAGGAAGAAGAAAGACCAAGUCCCCUUUACUUGAUGAAGCAUUUAUUGUUAAGCCAGUUAGUAUUUUAAUAAAGAACAGCUGUAAAACAUCAGAUACUUUAGGGAAAAUGCCUCCAGCAUGUGCCGAUUUUUAAAGACUCAAUCCUUAAUGGAUUGUGUAUUUUGUUUGUCAUUGUGAUAAUUGAUCAUAGUUUCUGACCACAACUAGAAUGCAUUUUUCAAAAGGCAGCCUUGCCAAAUUUAAUUGGUACACUGACACAUACAAAAUGCGAUCAAGUCAUUUAGUUCAACACAAGCUGAUGAAAGUGUGUAUACCAAAGCUUACAUCCAGUCUUAUGCAUUUUAUAGAAUUAAUGUUGCUGCAAACUUGCUGGAACAAAAAAUGAAACUGCUGUGCAUUUUUUUUUUUGUCAAAGUAUUUGGCCUUUGGUUUUUCUACAACAUAUUCAAGGACACAUUGCAGUUUAAACACAAGGCUGUUCUGAUAUUAUAGAUUGCUUUAAGAAUGUGCUUUUUUUUUCCCCCUCUGUGCAUUUGUCUUGCCAAGUGUGUCUGUGAGAAAAAAAAAAAAAUACUGCUUUGACAUGUGUUGCUGUUGAGCUGUACCAAUGAAUUGUUUUGAGAUGUUGCUGCCUAGAAAAUGAUGUAUUGCAACCUGAGCUCUAUGACUUCAGUGAUAUUUGUUAUGCAAAAUAAAAUGUCUUGACUAAUGACUAGAA